GUAAGCACACAAGGCGGCGUGUUUCAUCACAAGACUCGCGCCGCCGCCGCCGCCGCCACCUGAGAGCUGGUCUCCGCCGCCGCCGCAGCCGUCACCGUCGCCGCAUUGCUGGCUAUGAGCUAGACCGCUGCAGACAUGGGACUCGCCGUCUGGACAAUAUUACUGGUAACGUGUGGGAUGGCGUGGUCAUCGCCGGCAACCAGUUGGCCCGUGCAGAUUGGAAUCCAGCUCAUCAGGGAAAACGUGGCCGGCCUGUCGGUGGUGCACGACAAGCAGAGCUACCCGUUCAACCCCGACGAAGGACUGAUUCGACGCGACCAGUUCGUGCGCACCUUCGGCUUCAGGGGCGAGAACCUGAUCAAAGCCCUCGGCGAGGGCGACGGCGGCUACGCCAAACUGGACGACGGCCAGCGGACACCUUUUGUGCCAUUCAGAAGCAAACAGGUCUUCAAUGGACUGGGAGAGUCAGGAUGAACGGAUGAAAGUGGAGUUUUUAAAUUAAGUUUGUGAAAAUGGAACGAAUACGACAAGAAGUCUUGUAUGUUUGCGUUUUUUAAAUUAUUUGAAUAAUAAAAAUAAAAGAUAACGUUUAAA